CCAUUACUAUGUUUUAGAGACAUUGCAGUGGCUGGUAUUCUUUAUAUUUAUUGUUCGCUGAGGUGACGCGAGGUCAGUAAAACAGGAGAAAAUCUUUCGUGGAUAGAGGCUAAAAUGAAAGGAGCGUGGAAGUCAUGUUUGUGGCCGUCAUGUGAAAUGUUAGUUUGUAACAUGACUCAGAGCGUCACAGGCGGAAGGUCACGGAGCAGCAGAACGGAACGGAAGCGGGAGUAAAAAGCCUAUCCGCCAUUGUGGAAUAUGGUAAGGGAUAUUCCAGUAAGACGCUAGUCACUUUCAGAUUGACUGAUAAAAAAACAUCUGUGGCAGAAUCGCACACAGCCACUGACACCUUCUCCGUAGACACAAAGUCGCCGUUUGUAGCAACCAGAAGGUCCGGAUCGUCGUCAAGAAGCGACCGCAGAGGGAAAAACGUCGCCUUGUAACCUUAACAGAGUGAUUGGACAACCCGAGAGACGAGCCAGGAAAGCGCCGAAGUGCAGAGAGAGGCAGGGGGGAAGUCGUGGACAGUCUCACAAACAGCGAUCAGUGUCGGCUCCUGGAGGAUGUCUGCGACCACAGUCGAUCAGAGACCCAAAGGACAAGGAAAUAAAGUGCAAAACGGAUCAAUGCAUCAGAAAGAUGGCGUGAAUGAUGAUGAUUUUGAGCCUUAUCUAAGCGGCCAGACAAAUCAGAGUAACAGCUAUCCACCAAUGUCUGACCCCUACAUGCCCAGCUACUAUGCCCCAUCUAUUGGCUUCCCCUACUCUCUGGGAGAGGCUGCUUGGUCCACAGCAGGAGACCCUCCUAUGCCCUAUCUAACUACCUACGGACAGAUGAGCAAUGGCGAGCCACACUUCAUCCCUGACGGUGUGUUCAGCCAGCCAGGUGCCCUGGGGAACACCCCCCCUUUCCUCAGCCAACAUGGCUUCAACUUUUUCCCUGGUAAUGCGGACUUCUCCACCUGGGGCACCAGUGUUUCUCAGGGACAGUCCACACAGAGCUCAGUCUACAGCAACAGCUAUGGGUACGCCCCCAGCUCCCUGGGUCGAGCCAUCACGGACGGACAAGCAGGUUUUGGAAGCGACACCCAGCUCUCCAAGGUGCCAGUGCUGAACAGUAUUGAGCAGGGAAUGACAGGGUUAAAACUGGGUACCGAUAUGGUGGCGGCUGUCACCAAAACUGUAGGCUCACCCUUAGGAGGCACAGGAGCAAUGAGCAGUAUGGCAGCCAAUAACCUUCCUCCAUCUGUCAGCUCAUCCACACCUAAAACCGCCUCCUGGGCAGCCAUUGCCAAGAAGCCAGCCAAGCCACAGCCUAAGGUCAAACCCAAAGCCAACAUGGUGAUGGGGGUAGGCAAUACCAUACCCCCACCCCCCAUAAAGCACAAUAUGAACAUUGGAACUUGGGACGAUAAGGGCCCUCUGAACAAGCCCCCAUUAGCUCAGACUAUGAUGCCCCCACAGCCUCUGGUGCAGCAGCCCCUCCUUGCUCAGCCCCAGCCCUUACUGCAGAACCCUUUGCCUCCACAGCCCCAACACCAACACCAACACCAACACCCGCCCCAGCACCAGCACCAACACCAACACCAACACCAACACCAACCCUUCCAGCUUCAGUCUCUGCAGUCUCCCCAGCACCCUCACCCUCACACUCACCCUCACCCUCAGACUCUGCCCCCGGGCCCCCCGCAUCUGCACCUCUCCUCUCAACCCGGCCCCCCACAGCCCCUCCAUCAGCAGCCCGGCCCGCCUCCCAACCGUUGGGUGGCUCCCAGGAACCGCGGCGAGGGCUUUGGUCUGGGAGGGGGACUCCCGCUUAGUGCCUCCCCCUGCUCUGGAGAAGUGCACCCAGUUCUGGAGAAACUGCGCGCGCUCAACAACUACAACCCCAAAGACUUUGACUGGAACUUGAAAAAUGGACGCGUUUUCAUUAUCAAGAGCUAUUCGGAAGACGACAUCCACCGAUCGAUCAAGUAUUCUAUCUGGUGCAGCACAGAACAUGGCAACAAGCGUCUGGACGGCGCCUACCGCACGCUGGUCAACAAGGGGCCGCUCUACCUGCUGUUCAGCGUCAACGGCAGCGGGCACUUCUGUGGCGUGGCCGAAAUGCGCUCACCGGUGGACUACAAUGCCUAUGCAGGCGUCUGGUCUCAGGACAAGUGGAAGGGCAAGUUUGAGGUGAAGUGGGUUUUCAUCAAAGAUGUGCCCAACAACCAGCUGCGACACAUCCGGCUGGAGAACAAUGACAACAAGCCGGUGACCAACUCCAGGGACACUCAGGAAGUGCCUCUGGAGAAGGCCAAACAAGUGCUUAAAAUUAUCGCCACUUACAAGCAUACCACCUCAAUCUUUGAUGACUUUGCACAUUACGAGAAACGUCAGGAAGAGGAGGAGGCUCUGAGGAAGGUGAGACAAAUGCAUUUAAAGAGCGCCUUCUGUGCUGAUGUGCAUGACACACUUACAUGUUAUUAGGGAGGCUAACCUUCGCUGUCUGGGCUGGAGCCAGAGUGUAAUCACCCGAUCUCGCUCCACCUGCUGUGAGACAGAGGUUUUUUUUUAACAUCCUGUCUGGCGAGACGGGCCAGAUUGAUAGGCCACCAUUACUCGAGGCGGUUUCAGGAAGCCCCGGUUCUUCAUCAGCCAUCUUCUGCCGUCGAGUGUGUGUUGAUCUGCCCAAGUGGAGAUACAUGCAUGGAGCUUUCCUGAAAUAGCCCACAUUCCAGGCAUUCCUUCCCUCAGACAAAGGCAGAUGUAGUCUCUGAUCUCCCUUUGAAUGCCAGGCCUCUCUCCUCUCCACAGGCUCCUCAUGCUUUAUUAGUCUUUAAUGUAAGCCCUCGGCGUGCAGACUGGCUGCAGCGUGCCUCAGAGCUGGCACCGUUCGCCUCCAAUGGUCUAAAUGGUUUAUUUCUUAAAUGCAUCCUGGCAAAUGUCAAGAUUUAAAAAAUAAAAAGGUGAGGAUUACAUUGUCUGUGCACAUAUCUCUGAAAAGCCCGUGCCCUCAUGAGGUAAACUAAAACAUGAGUGUUUGAAUGUUGCAGUGGUAAUAAGAGCGGUGCUUCACAUGUGUUAGUCUAAGUAGUGAAAACUGUUGCUGUGGCAGAAUCGCCUCAUUUCAUCUGUAGCUUUCUGCUGCACCCGUUCUCAGAUUCAACCGUAUGCUAAUCUCGCUGAAUGUAGACCCCCCCCCCACGACUCCCUCCUUUUCUCCUGCUCCUCCACUGUCGAUGCUCCAAUGAUGCUAUAUUGACUCCUCACUGCUGACCUUGUUAAUAUGCGCUGGAUUACUUUCUCAUAAAUAUUUCAAGUCAGUGUUUUCAGGCUUCUGAAAACAACCUGUCAGUUGAAAGCCUGUUUCAUCCUGUGCCGCGCAGCCCUCGCGCCGUGUUGUUUUUGUAGCCAUGACCCCUUACAUGACAGGAUCGGCCGGAUGGAGGCCUCACCCUCCUUGCCCUGACAAGGUUAAUUGUUUUCUGUUGUUUGGCCUGUCCUCACCUAAGUUGGAGAGGUGUCAAAGCAGCGCGGUUGCCUGCACUGUAGCGCCUUGUUUUUAAGAUAACCUUGGAUCCAAAUGUUGAUGCAGGAUGUUAUUAAUACAACUAAUCAUUAAUAUGGAAAGAUUAGCGCCUCACAUUGUGUGAUGCUUGAGGAACAUUGGACGUGUCACUCUGAUGUAAUGUUUAACCAGAUAGGUUUUAUUUGUACAAAUUAGAUAAAAUAUGAAUAAAAAUAUUGAAGGUA